AGUUGCUGUGGCUGAGCGGAGCCGGGGGAGCCUGGCACUGGGAGCGGGAGAGGAGACAAAACAAAGCAGCGGCAGAAGUGAACGCAUUCACAGGCAGCAAAAAUGAAAGACCCAAGUCGAAGCAAUAAUACUCCCAGCAUCAAUAGUGACGAGGUGGUCCUGAAUGGUCAUUCACAUGACGAGGAGAACCCUUUUGCAGAGUACAUGUGGAUGGAAAAUGAGGAGGAAUUCAACAGACAAAUUGUAGAGGAGUUAUGGGAGGAAGAGUUCAUCGAACGCUGCUUUCAAGAGAUGCUGGAGGAGGAGGAGGAGCACGAAUGGUUUAUUCCAGCCCGAGAUCUCCCACAGACCAUUGACCAGGUUCAGGAACAACUCAAUGGUCUUGUCAUAAGCAGUAAUGGUUCAGCGGAGGAUCUUGUGACCAAGAGCAACUUGAAUCCAAAUGCAAAGGAGUUUGUUCCAGGGAUGAAGUACUGAAGAGUUGUAUAUCAAGGCCUCGGUCAGUGGAUGUAGCACAAUCUCCACACUGUGAAGCCAGUAUUAGAGGAAAAAAUAGUAGAAACUCCCUUCUCUAUCACUGUGUUACACUCAUGUGCAUUGCCAAAGUUUUCAGUUUGUGUUGCAUGCUAAAUAAAUGUGCUGAGACUGUUAUUAUUCAAUCAUUUGCUUGUAGUAGUUGACUGAAAAAGUGAAUGUAACAGACUGUGCCAUGGAGGGGGAGAAUCUCCUGCACAAAUAAUACAGCCAGUCACACCUUCACCCCAUUUGUAUUCUUUUAAUUUGACCAGAACACUAAACUGCUAAUGACUCAGUGCUAAAAAAAAACACGUUUUGUGACAUUCAUUUUAUACAUUGAUAAUAAAAUGUGGAAUUUGAUAUUUCCAGUUAAUUU